UGAAGUGCUAAGAUCAAGCAAGGCAAGGCAGGGCAAGGUAAGGUAAGGCAGUGGUCGUGGUCUUGCAGUGAGGGCGUUCUCGGUGUCCCUGGUCUGCCCACCCGCCCAUCACGAGGCCAAGCUGCCGGCAGGGGUUCGGAGCAUUAAGGACUUGGGAGCUCUGCUAUUAACUGGCACCGCACGCCCGCCGUUGCAGACGGCCUCUCUUCUUCUUCCAUCGACGUACAGCAGGACCUGCAUCCCGCCCUACCAAAAGCACUCAUACAAGACCUCAACGGUGUCGCAGAGGGGUACUCCCCACCUCCAUCAAUUCUCCUUGACAAAAGCAAUUCAUCUAUCAACCUCGUCGACAUCGAAGUGUUGUUGCGCAGCCAAAAAAUCAAUUGCGCCUCGCCGUCGCAUCGGGCGCAUCGCAAUCCUCAGUCAACCUCGAGCUCCACCACAACCACACCACACGAUAAGACCUCACAAACCUCACAAUGCUUCUCCCAUCCGCCCUCACCUGCGACUCGACCCUCCCAACACCAUCAACCUCCAAAACCCGCUUCCAACAUGCCUCCACCCUCUUCGCAUCCCCACCGCUCUCACCACCGCCAUCCUCCACCCACCCAGCAAUAACAAACCUCUACUCCACCUGCCGCGCCCUCCAAUCCAUGCUCUCGCCCCCUCCAGCUCCAACCCAGCUCCCCUCCCCACCAACAACGCACGCCCUUGCCCCCUCACCCUUCAAGCUGCGCCUGCGCGCACGUCGAGAAGAAACACCCUCGAACCUGACACCGAGGAAGAAGAUCAGCAAGCGCAGCGCCGCGCCGCCGAGGGGGAUAAACAAGCGACGGAGAGCCGUAGAUGACGACCUCUCGCGAGAAACUGCCGAAGCUUCCGCCGAGUCCGAACAAGAGGAAGACGAAGAAAAGGAAGGUUUACCCAGCACCCCUAAGCGUCGACGAUUUGCGCCGGAGAUCCUCCCGCUGGGACUAGAGAGAUCCGAUUUCCACACCUUGCAUCUACAGACGGUCACCGCGUCGCAAGAGAAUGUUCUCCAGAGCGUCGAAGGCUCAACUGAGGCUCAGGAUGGAGGGAAGGAAGGAGAAUGGACGACGGAAGAGGAUCGCUUGCUUGUCGAGCUCGUGUUGGAGAAACUCAAGCUCACGAAGUCGGAUUGGCAGGACUGCGCGAGAAGUUUAGGGAAGGAUAGAGGGAGUGUGGGGAAGCGGUGGAAGAGCUUGAUGGGGAAUGGGGAGGUGGGGUUGAGGAGUAGGGGUAGUAGGCGGGCGAAGAUUCAUGGGACGUGGAGGUGACACUUCUCUUCAU